UUUUAGGAAAACUUCUCUUCCUACUGAUGGAGGUUCUGCAGGUUUCUGACCCGGUCCAACAGAACCAACGGGUCUUUAGGAUCCUGGAGAACUUGGUGACUAUAAAUGAAUAUUAAAUGUAAUUGGACUUUCCGUGCUGCUUUCAGAGUAACGGCCUCCUCCUCUCUGAUUGGCCCUUCAGCUCACAUCGGUUCUGCUUCCAACCCGCUUCUGGACCGAACCGGUUCUACGAGCUUAUAACUGGGUUCUCCUAGAACGGGUUCUGUUAGACGGGUAUGAGCUGCAACCAGAAGACAGGUGCUUUAUUUUGAAAGUCUGGCGCUGGGAACGUCACUGAUCGUUUAGAGUCAUUUGAUCCAUGAGCGCGUGAGCGGCGGAGGAAGAGGGAGGCUGAGUCCGCGUGGGGAGGAAGAGGAGGAGGAGGAGGAUCAACCCUGCACACUCAGGCACGCGACGGACCGAGAAGAAAGGCGCGGACGUGGGAUCGUCCGCGCGCCACUCCGUGGAUUGUUCCCGCGUGGAGGAAACCUGCCGCUCCGCGUUUUCUGCUUCAACCGCAGAAACUGUUUUAAUGUGAUUAACUGCCGCUGGCGGGACUCUGCGCGCGCGGCGUGGCGCGUGCGUGCGUGCUCAGGUGUGUGCGCGCGCGUCCACAGGUAACUCAUUAACGCCUCCCUUUGUGUUUACAUGGGGGAGCGCGUGAACGGAACAGGAAGAAAGCGCGAGCCUCUCGGUGUUUGUUGAGCGCGCGCACGCCGCCGCACGCGCGGGUCGAUGAGGAUGGAUUCGUGGGAUUUCCGACUUUAACCGGAUGGAUGUUCGAGCUGGAAGAACAGGAAGUUCGGUUCGGAAGGAGGAUCCGGGUCCGUGAUGGAGAACUUCAGACACGGUGGCCAGAGCGUUGUCCUCCAGGCAAACGGUCCCAUCUGAAGCUGAAACCAGAGGUCGUCGGGUCCAGAGCAUGGAGAGGUGAAAGGUCAGCCUCCCUGACGUUUCCGGGCCAGAAGCUCUUAUCGCUGCAGAUCAGGUAGAUGCCAGAACAGCUCACAAGAUGAACCCCCUAGCAGCUCUCAGCAUUGACCGAAACGCUCUGGUGGGGGAAAGUAUCCGCCCCCAUGGAGGACUCAUCUACCCGGGUAUCCACCCUCUUUCUGCGCAGAAGCCCCAGGAUGCUGGUGCCUCCCUGCGACUUGGCUAUGACCUCCUGUAUAAGCCAGCUGUACCCCUUCUGGAAGGCCAGAAGUCUGUCAAUGGAUGUGCUGAACUAUAUAAAAACUCACCUCAAGGGCUGCAGAAGCCUCUGCUUGUCUCUGCUGCAGAAGGGAACAGCCUGGGGUUGAACCCCCGGUCUCUGCCUGUGGAGAAGCAGUCAGAGGGGAGUCUGAACGGUGCUGGUAACUUUCUCAGGUUGCCUUGGAUUAGCCCGUACAUGGACGCUUCAAUGUACCCCUUCCUGGACAUGGCGUACAAGACGUCCCUCUUGUCUGCAUCGCCCUUCACCCAGCAGCAGCUGGCGUAUCAGUCGCUAUGUGCCACUGGAAGUAACACGCCUGGAGAUGAAAGACUUUUCUUCAUUUCUCCGUACUCUCCGGCUCAUAUUGCCUCCUCGCUGGCUCAUCCCAUCAGGAUGUCCUCAGUCAACCUCACGCGGGCCGUCCUCUCACCCCGGCCCCACAGCCAGGACAAGACCUUGCAGGGCUUUGGAGCACAGUUGCCUCAAGAACUUUCUGCUUUCAGCACCAGUUCUCAGACUCGCCAAGAGUCCCAGAUGCAGAUGCAGCAUUCUGAGUGUCAGCGUGAAGUAAAGGCGUGUCAGUCCGGCUCUACCAAGAGCGCCGUCAGCAGUGGCACUCACGUUAACUCAUCUCCAGUGUCCCAACCACCCACCUCAGUUCCUCAGUCCACUGCAGACCCUCAGAAGCAUCUUUACAAGAAGGCCACUUCACCCUCACUUCCUGCUUCACAUCCCUUCUACCUGGCCUCCCAGCGCAGCCGCUCCACCAACUCAGGUAGCAGUAAUACCAAAGACUCCAACUAUAAAGCUGAAACUCACUCAACACGUGCAAAGACGUCACCAGGCACCGCUGUACCUCAGAAAGCUACCAAAAAGCUGGAAGGAAAAGCAAAUCCUGCUGAAGAGUUGGAGGAAUUCCCAAAUAAAUUCCCAUCCAAAGCGCCGGCUGUGGCCAGUUUGGAGUAUUUACAACCAUCUCGCUACCGGGCAGGAGCCAAUCAGAAGCAAGACCUCAAAGAGGGGCGAUCUCUACCCAUUAGCUCUUUGACAAAGACCUCAGAUCAUGAAAUGACCUCUGGGGUUAUCACUGACCAUAACAUUUGCUCCCAAACUACAAGUAGUGCAGUGGACACUACUCGGAAUCAGCAGGAAUCUCCAGUUCCAACUGAAUCUGUGGGGCAGGUAACCAGUAUUCCCAGUCCAGCAUCUUCUGGACAAUGUCCUGCCUCCACAUCAAAACCUGAAUGGCCCAAAGUCUCUACUGCUGAUUCUGUAAAAGGCAGCAAAGGGGAAACUUGCUCUAGGAAACAGAGUAAAAAUCCUUCCAAGCCCGACUCUAAAGAGAGCCAACCGGAUCCGUCACAGUACCAACAGUUCAACCCAGAAAACAAAAACUCCUCCAACCAAAUUCAUAGGGACUCUUACCUACCUCAUAGUUUAGGUUAUGCUAACCGCUACGUCCCUUACUCUGUCGCUGAGAGUCUGUCAAUGCAGCGAAUGACAACUAAGGGCCACGUCUUCCCCCAUCCACUCUUGCUUGGCAACAGCAACUUUUACCAGUCACAUGGCCUCCCGUAUGGAAUAUUACCUUACCAGAGCUCAGAUAAGAUGGCCUCCAUGUCUAACUGUCCAGGUCUCGAAAACAAAGAUCCAAAUCAUAAUUUGUCUAAGAUCCAUAGUAAAACCAGAGAUGAAGAACAAUUCAUGAAUCAGAAAAGGCAGGACGGUAGCCGUGGUCACAAGAACGACGACGAGAAUGAAAAAACCAUGAAACCAGCUUCAAAAGCAGCGCCAGAUAAAGCCCAGUCUGCUGCCAGGGACGAUGUAGUUUGCAUUGAUUUGGUACGUGAGGAGGAAAAUGACAACAACUGCAACCCUCUCAUGGAAGUUCCCCAUAAACAGGGAACCAGUGGAGGGAACCAGUUCAAAGGUAAGAAGUCAUGGCUUCCAGAAGGAACUCAUUGGAUCCAGAAGGCAGAGCAGAGUCGGAGCUCACUACCCCAGACUCCAUCCAGCUGUAAUGUUUCACCGCUACCUUGUAGUAGUCAAGAACUCUCAGAAGAGGAGAAACCAGAAAGUCCAUUUCCAGACAUCCCAGAAGAGCUGACAAUGCAAUGUGCACGAACAUCCUCUUGGCAGUUCUCCAGAGACUCUAAAGCUUCUGGUGGCGAUGCCACAGUGACACCAGGAGUUGUUUCAAAGGAAGCAAAGCCUGAAUCUUCAAGUAAAUGUGACGGCCCUCAACAAGGCCCUCCAGAAAAUCCAAUCUCAUUGGUUCCCAACGGUGGUGAAGGUAGUUCUGGUGAAACAAAACGUACAAUCAUCAAUCCAAAGACUCCAGCUUUUGUUGGUGGAGAUCUGUCUGAAAGUCCAGGUUCCACCAGUAAGGGACUGGUUUCUAAUGAUUCCAGUCCUCAGGUCCCAUCGUGGAGCGUGUUAAAUUCCAGAUUCCCAACUGAGAAAGUCACAAACUCUCGGCCUUCCCUGUAUCUGAGCAUCGACCCCAAAGACCCAACAUGUACCACAGACAGAAGUCCAAAUGUUGGGGGAUCAAGUGGCUCUAAUGUCGGUUUGAAUGAACCCAGAAUUUUCAGUUGUUCGCCUGGUGAAAAUAGAAACUCUGUUGUUUCAAGCUGUGGAAACGGCAUUGAACCGUUUGGUAACAGUGAGAACCACAACGCUACAUGGCCCAGUUUCAGCUUGAGGGCUCCGGCUUUUGGAAAAACCAGCCCAACCAGUGGGAAUGCCGCCUUAGAUGGCCUCAUCUUGUUCCCAAACAGUAACCGCAGGCUCUCCUCAUCUGGAAGUUUCACUGAAGGCCCUUCUGGUCCGAACCUUUUGGCUACCGAUGGAGUUCACAGUAACCUGACCCCACAUGUUGACAAAGACCUUCUCAUCAAGGCCAGCUGUACAAAUGAAGGGAAGAAUUUGCAGGAUACUGCAACUCUCCUGGAAGAUGAUCCUGAAGACUCUGAUAGCUGCAGAAACAGGCAGUCAAGCUUCAGCAAGAAGAUGACAAACUCCCCUGACUGUGUGGGCAGCCAUCUUAAAGACAUGACCUCUGACCUCCUCUCUGAUGUCAGCGAGCAAAGUGCUCUACAGCGCGCCAUGCUGCAGUUCUCUGAGCUGGAGCUGAGGGAGGGAGGAGGAAGAGGAGAGGAGGAGGAGGAGGAGCUGGCAGACGGCCAGCAGGAAGCUGGAAGAAGGGAUGAAGAAGAGGAUGAGGAGGAGGAGAGGAAGAACAGAGAGGAGGGAGGAGGGGAGCGGAGAGGAACUCCCUCUGCAGCCGCCAAGACUCUGAGAGGUUUAAAUCCGUCCUGCUCUCUCAAACAUCGCCUGUACCGCCACACAGAGCCACUUCCUGUCCUCCAGGAGAGGGACGACCAUCAGAUCCAGCCGUUUGGGUCCGGAGCUCCGUUCCAGGGGAACCGGCUCGCUCUGCGGUCCAGUCCAAACAUCCCCAUGAGCCGGCGGCGAAUCUUCAGCCUGGAGCCGUUUCAUCAGAGCAGCAUCAUCAGCAGCCGCCAGAAGAGAGGGAGGGGCGAGGCGGGAGGGGACGAGGGCGGGACAGGAAGUCCAACCAAGAGAGUCAGAGUCACCAACGACUCGAUUCUGGACGACGUGAAGAAGCUGAAGGUCCGCAUCGAGUUAAACGGCCUGCGACUUAACAAGCCCCGCCCACCCGGAGAGCUCAGCCAAUGGCUGCCCUCUGGGGACAAAUCCACAGAGCUGGAAGGGAAGUUGUCGCCUGAGAGGUCAGAGGUGAACGGCAGCUGGAGCGAGCCCAGGUUCCUGAGGCGGGACGCUGCGACAGUUUUCCACCAGGCUCCUCCAUCGCUGACCUCCAUGACCUCCAUGACCUCGACCCGACUGCAGGACAAACCUCCGACGGCCGGGGAGAGCCUGAAGGUCUGCGCUCCUCCAUCUUCCUUCCCGGGCGACCGUCACCUGUUCCGUUUCCAUGGUGACGGCCUCGACGCGCCGAAGGGCAAACGUCCCUUCAAGAUGAAGCACUCUCUGGGGGCGGAGCGAGACGAAGGAGGAAGUGAUGAUGAGGAGCGGAGCGGGAAGGUCUCCCAGUUGGACGCCUCCAAGUCCCCCGAUCAGAACCCCGCCUCUCCAGAGACCCAGCAGUCGGCUCGGCCCGUCCCUCCGGAGGUCCGGCGCCUCAUCGUGAACAAAAACGUCGGGGAGACGCUGCUGCAGCGCGCCGCGCGGCUGGGCUACCAGGAGGUGGUGCUGUACUGCCUGGAGCGCCGGCUGUGUGACGUGAACCACAGAGACAACGCCGGGUACUGCGCCCUGCAUGAGGCCUGCGCCUGCGGCUGGCUGGGCAUCGUACGGCUGCUGAUCGGACACGGCGCCGACGUCAACUGCGGCUCUCAGGACGGAACCAGGCCGCUUCACGACGCCGUGGAAAACGACCAUUUGGAGGUGGUCCGCUUCCUGCUGGCCUGCGGCGCCGACCCGACCCUCACCACGUACUCUGGGCGCGGGCCGCUCAGCAUGACCCACAGCGCUGCCAUGGAAACCUUCCUGGAGGACUAUCUGUCUGACAUCCAGGGAAGGUCGGAGGGCGAUCCGGGAAUCUGCUGGGAGUUUCACGGCAGCUCUGUGUGCGAGCCGACUUACGAAGGAGGAGCCUACAACAUCCUGGCCGACCCGCCUGGACCGGAUGAGGAUGAGGAGGAUGAAGAGGAGGACAUGGAGGAGGAGAACCGGGUCAGGAGGGAGGUGUUCGAGUUCGAGCUUUCGGACCGGCCUCUGCUCCCGUGUUACAACAUCCAGGUGGCGCCGUCACAGGGAUCCAGAAACUGGCUCCUCCUGGCUGACGUUCUUGGUCGACUUCGGAUGGCGUCUCGCUCUUUCCGGCGCCUCUUCCCACAGCUCAACAUUCAGUCCGUCGCUGAAGACGAGUUCUACCGGCAGGCGUCCCUGUCCCAGCUGCUGACGGGUCCAGAUGAGCAGGAACUGGCCUCCUUCAGGCCGGAUGUGAAGGACCCUCUGGAGCUGGUGGAGGCCACCCCGGAGCUGGCCGGCAUGCUGGGCUCCUCCCUGGAGUUUGUGGACAGUCGCUGGGACUCUCUGGAUGUUUCCCCCCCACCAACACCGCCUCCAUCACCGGGGCAACCUCCAUGUCCUACACAGGCUUUACCGGCAGAGCAGGAAGAGGACAGGAGUCCCAGGACUGUAGAGUCCAUUUCAGGACCUUCAGGACGGUCCAGCUUAUGGGAUCAACAAAAAACUGAGGCUACAACUUCAGCAAAGCCAGGAAUGACAGCUACCGCUAGCUGGUGGGAACCACAGAGACAUUCUGGUCUGGAUCCUGGACUUCCAUCCAUUAAACUGAACUCUGUGGAUGGAGGAAAGGUGUGGGAACAACAGCGACUGAGGAGUAGAGACGCUGAAACCAAAACGGUCACGGAGGAAUGGAAACCAGCUCCAGUUCGAAACAAGAAGACAGGAAGUUCAAAUCCUGCACUUUUAAAAGAAGAAAUGAACUCAAACAUCUGGAAAAAUGGCGGUAAGGCAGGAACCGAUGUGGAGUCUGAAGUACCACAGCAAAGUAAGAAGUCUGAGAUCUCCAGCCGCUCUAAGCUGGACUCAUGGGAUCCUCAGGAAACAAAGAGAACUGGUGGAACCACCACAACGCCCAAGAGAGACGCCAACACCUGCCAGGGCCUCAGCCUGGCAGGUAACUCCUUAAAGUUGGACGCUGCCUGGCAGAGGAACCUGACCAACGUCAGAGUCCACAUCAGAGACCUGGGGAUGAAAAUUGCCAGCAUUCAGAGAGACAUUAAGAAGGACUCGGGGAAAGUGGUGGGGAAGGGUUCUCGGGUCAAAACGAGGUCAUGAGAUGAUGGACGACCAACCAGGAAUAACUGGUAGCCAAUGAUGUGGAAAUGACUGUAAAACAGGCUGUAAACUCUGGAUCGUGUUCACUGGCUGUCUGUCAGAUGUGUUCACUGUAAACUGUAAAGGUUUUUUAUUUAUGGGCAGAGACCUGAUGUAAAUAUGACUGGCUCUGUGUUAGCAUGGUGAGAGCGCCGGCUCUGUUCAGGCAUCCUGUUGGUUUUUGUCACUGUUCAAUAAACAAAGACACAAAGAAA